AUUAUUGAGCAGCCCAAGCACAUUUGUUUCUUCUUCCUCACCUAAUCAGAAACAAACCAAAAAUACUUAACUAUCUUCUUAACUAUCUUCUUCCUCACCCAAAUCAAAGAAACAAAUCGAAAAUGCUUAGCGUAAUCCCUCAUCUUCCGUUCAGAGACAAACCCAGGAGCUGGGUUCGCGACGAACCCCGCACUUGGGCUUCGAGACUAACCCAACGCCUGGGCGCGGGGUUUGUUGGGUUCGAGAAGAACCCAGCGCCUAGGUUCGAGACGAACCCAAUGCUUGGGUUUGCGUGAACCCAAAGUUCUUUCUAGAAAGUAACUUUUUGUGAACAAGUCGCUCAAUUGCUAUGUACAUUGACUGUAAUUUGUAAGUGAAGCUACACGAGUGAAGGCGUUCCCCAUCAAACCAAAAAGUGCUCCAGUUUGUGGUGUUGGCAUCGUUCAAGAUAAGCUAAGGAAAUGGAUAUUACCGGUACUAUAUAAGUUUCAUCUAGUAUGCGUGAUGAUUGGACUACUAUGUUGGAUGCCUUGUUGGUUAGCUGUGAGAGCAUCGUUUGAAUUUGAAUUGGGCUUAUUGUUCCUUGUUCCACUCCUCAAGCUAGAUCUACUAUGCGUAUUAAUUGGAGUGCCUUUAUAUUGUUUUCUUGUGCCAGAAGACGAACGGAUUCUAUUCGACAAACUAUUUCCAGUGUUUUUAUUGUUACUUGUCAUGCUAAAAGUCAUAAUCUGCAAACUGGAUGAGAAACUAUCACGCAAACCGGAACUGCCCUGCAUGUUGCGCAUAGCCGCCGAACUAUUACGCAUACCGAUUGGGGUGCCUUUAUUGUUACUUGGGGUACCAAUAUCGCUAUCAGUUAGAGAACAAUUUUUGGUGUCUUUUGGAGGGGUACGAUGGCGGAUAUCGGCUAAUAAGAACCAAUUGAUGCGUCUGAGAGGUAAGCAAUCAAUGUUUUAAAACCCC